AUGGUUAUAACUACAAUUGAUAUCGAAAGAGAUAUACGGCGUCGUUACAAUCGACGAAUACUUUUUUGUAUUCGAAUUAAAGGAGCUGCUUUACUUAUUGGUUGCUGGGAUUUGGUGAUCCACUCGGUUGCUUUAUGUGCUAUUAUAUUAAUGUUUGGGCGAGCACCUACACCAAGUACUCAAGUGAUGCCAAUAAAUAAUGAGCUAUAUGAUCGAGAACAAGCACCAUUUAUUGAUAAUUAUCAAGAAUCGUCAGUGAAUUUUAUAUCAAAAAAUGCAUUAUUAAAUCAUGGUCUUGAAAAUCGUAACAAAAGUCAACCAAUAAUUGAAAUAAAUGCAAGAAAUUUUUAUUCACAUUGGGAUUUAAUGACUAUUCAUUGGAUACAAUCACUUAGCAAACAAGACAAAUAUAUUGUAUUUGUUGUGAUUUUUUCGGCUACAAUAAUCAUAUUAGCACAUCUUUGUGGUGUAGUAGCCAAUAAACCAUCAUAUAUUGUUCCAUAUUUUCUCAUAAAAGUGUUCAACGUUAUAAUUGCAAUAGUAACAAUGCUAGGUUUUUAUGCUUAUUUACCUGACAUUAGAGUUUGGCUUCGAAUGCAACCACAUUUUCCGUAUAAAAAUUAUCUACUUGAAUUCGACUCACAAACACUUCAACUUAUUGUGUUUACUUUUCUUUUAUUCCUUAUUCUAUUCAAACUUUAUAUUGCGGCUAUUAUUUGGUAUUGUUACGGUUAUGUAACAGCAUUAAAAAUGGCACGAACACUCGGAACAAUUACAGCUCAUAGUGAGACAUCACAACCAAUCCUUGGAGACAUGUAUUCACCACCAAAAUAUGAAGAAGCAAUAAAGUCAAAUUCGGACCAGGAAGAUUAUGCACCUCCUCCAUAUACACCAUUACUGUCAUCCUAA